AUGGUGAGAGUUGCCAUUAACCAGCACAACAACUUCAGGACUUUUUUCCAGGCCCUAAUGCUGCUCUUCAGGAGUGCUACAGGCGAGGCAUGGCACGACAUCAUGCUCUCAUGUCUGGGGAAGAAGGUGUGUGAUCCUCUCUCUAGUAACCCGGAGCCAGAAUGUGGGAGCGAGUUUGCCUACCUCUACUUUGUCUCCUUCAUCUUCCUCUGUUCCUUUCUGAUGCUGAAUCUGUUCGUGGCUGUGAUCAUGGAUAAUUUCGAGUACCUGACGCGUGACUCCUCUAUCCUGGGACCCCAUCACCUGGACGAGUAUGUGAGAAUCUGGGCGGAGUAUGACCCAGCCUGCGUGCGGGCGCAUUCAUUAUAA